GUUUCCCGUUACUUCCUAGGCUUCAUCGCGGGGUCCCUGUUCUCUUCCCUUCCAGUUCAACUCGAUGGUUCAUAUGUACGCUCUAUGGUCCUGUUCCUCAGGCGAUGUCGCUGAGGCUUACGUCAACAAUGCGACGAGAAGGCAGUGGGAAGAAACUCGGGGAAACUGCACGUGUGGAAUUGAGCGAGAGUUGUACCCACGCAAUAUAGGCGAAAAAUGUCCGAAAGCCAAGACUCAAGAAAGAGGAGCAAACGGCACUACGGCAACUAUGGAGCCAAAAAGUAUAAAGGUUCACGCGAGCUCGAGGUUGGAAUGCAGGGGAUUCUCAUUACGUGUAAUAUGAAUGAGAGGAAGUGUACAUCGGAAGCGUACAGCCUCCUGAACGAGUAUGCGGAACAGUUAUACGGACCAGAGAAGUUUUCUGAUGUUGAAGAGAGUGACAGCAAUGGGGAUAAUUCUGCGGAUGAGGAUGAUGCAGAGGCGGCCCUGAAGAAGGAGGUUAAACAGAUACGCUCAUCUACACAAAAGAUGGAGAGGCGCUUCCAGGCUCUUGACAGUGGGGCUAAUAAUGUCAUCUUCAUUAGGACACAACACUUAGAUCCUGACAAGCUUGUCCAUCACAUUUUGCAAGAUCUGCACACAACAAAAAAGAAGAAAUCUCGGGUCAUCCUCAGGAUGUUGCCAGUGAGCGGGACCUGUAAGGCCUUCAUUGAGGACAUGGAGAAGUACCUGGAAAACUUCCUGGAGCCAUGGUUCAAGACCCCUAACCAGGGAACCUUUCAAAUUGUCUUCAAGGCCCGCAACAGUAGCCACAAUAAGAGGGAGGAGGUCAUUAAAGCUUUAGCAGAAUUAGUUGGGAAAAUGAACCCCCUAAAUAAAGUGGACCUCACUAACCCUGAGUUCACCAUCAUAAUUGAGGUGAUUAAAAAUGUGUGCUGCGUGAGUGUAGUGCGGGACUAUAUGCUGUUCAGAAAGUUCAACGUGCAGGAAGUGCUGAAGCUGGAUAAAGUGCAGACCCCGCCUCAGAAGACUGAGGGAUCACCCAACGAGACUGUCGUACAGGAAGCGAAGGAUUUGAAGCAGGACGGCGGAGCGGGAGACAGCGUUCCUGGCCAGGAGAUACAGGAGGAACAGGCUGUAUCAGGAAAAAAGGGUGAGGAAGAUGGGCAAGACCACUCACCUGGCCAGAAGUAGUGCACUUUGCACAUAAUGGAUAUUAUUGUGCUAAGUGUGUUCUGUAAAUAGAGAACAUAGCUGGAACCUGUUCAUGGUUUAAAACAUGUAUGUACAUUGUGGAACGGUUGAAUUUCAAUAGUUCAUAUUCCCUUUCUAAAUGUUAUUCUGCACCAUCACCUUGUAAUAUUUCACCAGAAUUUGGCCUCUCGUGCUCUUUGACAAAUUUUCAAGGUGAAUUGAAAAGCAAGUACGGUAUUUUUGUUGUUAAACGGCUUCCAGAAACAUCUUUGUAAUGUCUGCAUUUUAUACUCAGCAUGCUAAAUGUAGGAAUAUGUGAUUUUAUUUGUCAGAAAUGUGUUUGAAUUGAUAUGUGUUAUUAGUGGUGCAGUUUUAAUUGUUAUUUUGUUGGGUUUACUUAUAAAAUUGAAAAAAGAACUUUGCUUUUUUAUGGUGUUUUUCGUGUUGUUCUAUGAGCUUUGAUGAAUAUUACUUAAGUUUAGCAUUAUCCUAGUAAGAAGAAGUAAGCUUAUCCCACCUUCCUCCAUACAUCAAUGCUAAAUGUUGGAUUCCCCCUCUACAGCAGAAAUCCCAUGUUUACUGAAGGAGAUUGAGAAAUACUGUUUGAUGUUGUUUUGUAUAUUGUUAUUCCUAAUGGCAAAAGAGAUAUUGUUUUCAAAUCGGGAAAAUGCUUAUUUUAGUCCAGGUUGUCAGGCCCCCUUUUUUUUUUUAAAUUUUUGCUGUUCAUUCUGAUCUAUUCCUUUAAUAAUUAUCUAGGAUUUCCUGUGCAAAGUGGACAACAUAAUACUCAAAUACAUUUUCUUUGAAUAUUUCAAGAGUUUAUCGUGCGUGUUGGUGCCAUCUCCUUUGUGUACUUAUGUCUGACCAAACUCUUGUCCUGGGUUAGACUGUUUAUCAGUUUUUCCCAAACUUUCAUGACGAUUUUUAAGAUCCAGGGUGGAAUUUUGUGAAAUGUUAAUGAAAAAGUAGACACUAGACCACUUUUCAACUUUUUUUCUUAUUGUUUUUAUAUCAGUGGUUAGUUAAGUCUCAUUUUCUGUGUCCACAAGAUGGUGCCAUUUCUGCAAUUUAGACUCACCAAAAUUUGAUCAUCGAAGCCCUGUUGAAAAUAGGGUAUGAAAAUAGCAUGAUGUAUGUAGCAUGAUGUUUCAAAGACGUGAGUCGCCCUAUUUUACGUGAGCAGGUACGGUUUUCACUGCUCGGCCCAUUUAAACUAAUGAAAAGAGACAAGUAUAAUGUUACAUGUCAUCUAAUGAGGUUCCUUUGAGGAAUAAAAUUUUGUUUGCCAUAUUGAAAAUAUCUUCCCCCUAAAGUUACUCGUAAAAUGAGCUUGCCAUGUUAUGAAAAGUGUGUGUUGUAAUUGUUUUGUUUAAAUGAAUUGCUGAAUUGUGUAAUUGUUUUGUUCAAAUUAAUUCCAUUUGUUUUUGUCAAAAUGUAAAAUUACAUGAAUGCAGUUUUGCUGGUUUAGUGAAUGGAUGGUAAUCUGAAUUGUAGAAAAGUCAAGAAGGAUGAAUUUAUAUUCACAUUUACAUGUGGUUGAAGUGCAGAUUAUUACGCUUUUAUUAAAGGGUAUUAAGGGUA